UCAACAUGUUCAGAAGAGUCGCAUCCACCGUCCCCGCUCAGGCCAGCAGAGCCAUGGCUGCCGCCGUCCGACCGUCGAUUGCUCCCUCAUUCCGCGCCGCCGCUCCCGCCAUCAACUCUGCAAGAAGAAGCUACCACGAGAAAGAUAUGNUCCACCCAUCAUCCAUUGCUAUAUAUGCAUUGAUGCUCUGGAUCUGGUCUUUCAUGAGCGCUCAGCUAACAUGCGCAGCACUGCUCGACCACUACAGCAAGCCUAGAAACGUCGGUAGCAUGCAGAAGGGCGACACCGACGUCGGCACCGGUCUCGUCGGCGCUCCCGCUUGUGGCGAUGUCAUGAAGCUUCAGAUCCGUGUCGACCCCAACGACAACACCAUCAGCGAGGUCAAGUUCAAGACUUUCGGCUGUGGUUCCGCCAUCGCCAGCAGCAACGCCAUCAAGUCCGCCAUCUCAAACUACUACACCAAGAACCCCAACGCAAGAAAGACCGACCUCGGCGGCACUUCCGCACCUCUCCCCAAGGUUGAGGUUGAGACUGUUUCGGCCACCGCC